AUGGACUGCCCUAAUCUCAAGAGGGGCGCGGCGGCGGCGGUGCCGGUGCCGUGCCUCGCAGAAGACGCCAUCUUGGAGAUCCUCGAGCGCGCCCCCGUCCGGUCCAUCCACAGAUUCAAGUGCGUCUCGCAACGCUGGUGCGACCUCAUCUCCGACCCCGUCCACCGCAAGCGGUUCCCCCAGGCCCUAGAAGGCUUCUUCCGCACUCCGCAGCGACGCCGAUGCUGCCCGGGAAUAAGAACAUCAGGCUCCUGCAUUCCUGCAACGGGCUCCUCCUCUUUGGGCACGGCGCAGGACAAUGGGAUCUCACUAGAUGGCAGACGGGGCUACAUUGUGUGCAACCCCACCACUGAGCAAUGGGUGGCCGUGCCCAGCGCCGGUUGUCCCUCUCCAACUGACAAUGCGCCUACCUACGUCGUCUUUGACCCAGCCAUCUCGCCACACUUUCACUUGUUCCACCUCUGGGAUAAUGUUAAUCUUGGCAUGAUUGAGGUGCGCACCUAUUCGUCUGAAACCGGGAUGUGGAUCAACUGCACAAGCAAGCAGAGGAAAUGGCAAGUGGGAGGUGGAUGGAAACUAUGGCUUAAGGUUAAUGCCAGAAGCUGA